AAUGAGAGUUCUCUUCUGCAUAGCAUUGCUUUUAGUUGUAAAAGGGGCAGUGAUAGUCACAUGCCCAUCAAAUGGAUAUGGUUGUGUCACAUACGGAGCCAAUGUAGCUAAAUAAGCGACAAGGACAAAUUCAUUGUGCAGAAAUGGUAUUCUAUAUUAUGAUCAUUAUAGGGUAUUAUUGGAACAACCAAGCAUGCAUGCCAUGCAAAAACGCUGACGCAGUAGUGGGUGGUUAUUAUACUUGCAGUGCUUAUUAUGAGGCAACUUCUUUGACAUGUACUACUGGUUAUACAUUAAUUAAUGGGUAUUGCAGCAAAAUUUAUUUUAAGUGUUUGUGUUCUCAUACCAAUCGGUUGUACUACUUAUGGUUUAAACUAAAACUAAGAUGCUUAUGUAUGCACAGCAUGCAGCUCCGAUUACACACUUAAAGGAGGUGUUUGUAUCAAUAAUAGAUAUUGUUCAUCAUGGGAUGACAAUGCAGUUUGCACAACCUGUUAGACUGGAUACUUUUUAAAUUGGGACUUGAAAUUCACAUCAACAACCUCAGGCUCCAACAAUUAAAAUGAUUGGAUCACAACUUGGUAAACAUACUACAAAUUCCCUGGAGAAUCAUUUUGCAGUGUCUGCUCUUAGACAAUGUCCAAUUGUAAAUCAUGUAAUUCAGCGUAAUUAUAUAUAUCGAUAUAUUUUAGUUAUACUUGUUCAUAAUGUAAUGAUGGUUAUUAUUGGUAAUAAUCAACAAGCAGUACCCCAUUGACAUCCUCUAAUGCAUAGUUUGCAGGUGCCUGUGUCAGUUGUCUCACAAGUGGAUAUUGUGCUGCUUGUCAAGGCUCAAAUUGUACUCAAUGCAAAACUGGUUAUUAUCCUACUAAAGAUACAACCAACACUAUCAUUUUAUCUUGUAAUGUAUGUCCAACUGGAUGUUCAUCAUGUACUUCAUCAACAUAAUGCACUGAUUGCUCUACCUCAUACUACAAAUAUACAGAUAACUUAUGUUAUCCUCUCAAUAAGUGUGCUUCUAUCAACACCUAAUUAACAACUUCUGGAGCAAAUCCAAAGUGUUCUUCUUGUAUAGCUGGAUAUGCCUUAGACCCAAGUGGAUCAGGUAUUUGUUAUUAAUGUGGAAACUGUGAUAGUUGCACAGUUCCAUCUGGAUAAUAAACAGCUGGUUUAUAAACAUCAUGUACUACUUGUUGGGACACGUAUAAUAUUAUCAAUAUACUUUAGAUACUAUGGCGUAAAGGAUUCAAAUGGUAUAGUUACUUGUAAAUCAUGCACACAAGCAUCAGAUUCAUUUUUGAGAUGUCAAGGACCAGUUGAAAAUUCAUCCCUUACUGGUGUUGUACCAACUCAAUGCUAAGAUGGAUAUUAUUUGUAUACUCUACCUGCCUAAGGUACUACUUAAGCUUAAACUAUUUGUGUUCCAUCAACUCAAAAUUUACAAUGUGUAACCAUUGUAGCAACUAGUGCCACUCAAUAUACAUGUGCAACAUGUACUUCAUAAAGUAAAUUAUAUAACAACGCAAAUUGUUUGGUUUGCAAUCCAACCCUAACUUCCUCAUUACCUCAAGGAUGUACAGCUUGUUCUGGAUCACCAAGCAAUUCAAUAACUUGCAGUGCUUGUGCAGUCAACUAUUUUUACUCCACUGGUACUACCACAACAUGUUCUGCUUGUGAUUAGAAUUGUAUUUAAUGUGCAUCAGGUCCAACUUGUACUAAGUGUGCAAUAACUUACUAUGUAUCUGGUGGUGAAUGCACACAAUGUGGAGUUGCAAAUUGUGCUACUUGUACUUCUCAAAGUCCUAAUACAUGCCAAGUGUGUUUAGAUGGAUAUUUCUUAUCCAGCAUCAACACAGGCACAGGAUCCACUUCAUAUUGUUUGAAGUGCCCAACUGAAUGUGCAACUUGUGCUGCUCCAGGUUAAGUUUGUAUUUCUUGUGUCUCUGGUUAUGUACUCUCAAAUGGAGGCUGCGUUUCUUUAAGUUAGGCAAAUUGUGCUGAAGGAUAUACUACUUCAACAUUGAGUAAUGAAUAGAACCCAACCACCCAAAAUGGAUGUGCUAUAUGUAAAUAUGGAUUUUACAACUUUGAAAAAAGAUGUCUCCAAUCUGUCCAACCAUAUGCAGGAGUACUAUAUAUUAAUUACUAUUUCUUAGUCUGUUUAUGUCGCAAAAAAUAUCGGCAUUGGUUCAAACCCAGGAACAUCUUCUUACCAGACCAUCAUGUAUUCAAUAUUCUUGGUCAUCAUGUUGCUUGGAUAUUGAUUUAUUAAUAUAA